AUGAAUACCCGUCAGUUGGUUGUGGUCGCAUUAAUCGUCCUGCUGACCGUCGCGAGCAUGUGUGAUGCAAGGCGUCGUUUUCCCAACCGGCGGAGAGGUCCUUCGCGGAAAACGCUGAAACAGCUGUACUACGAGUCGCGGGAAACGAACACACCCAACUUUGUACGGUUGGUGCUGAUGCGGCUGAUCUACGGCAUCGCGACCCAGAUGGGGGUCGAGGAGCGGCUGGACAACGUGUUCGGUGGCGCCUUCGUACCACCGAAUGCCGUCGAUGACAGUUCGGACUUUUUCGACGUGCUGAGUGACGAAAGUGGGGAGGAUUUUAGCUUCGGUUUGUGA